AUGGUUCCGCAAGGCCUUAUGUACCGUUCGUUGGGGCGAAUGUACCAGACGUAUUGCCGCGGUAGAGUAUUGGAUCUGACACCAAAAAUACUGGAUGCGAAGGAUGUGAAAUUCUACGAGAUGUCCAAAGCGGUCCGUGUUGAGUUUAUUGUGGAGCAGAGAGUCGAUGACAGGCAGUACCGGAUUGAUGAAUCGCUCUCUGAGGCGGAACGGAGUGAAAGGAGGAAAGCUAUGACUUUGGAUUUUAUGGUUAGAAAUGAUCACAACUGGGUCGGAAGUACGGUUACUUUUGAUACUGUCGAGCAAAGGGAAAUUGAGAUGUCUGACUUUCGCAAAUACGAUACUGUUGUAAUCCGAAACGAGCUGUUAAACCGAAAGAGCGAAGAUGCACGUCAUAUGUUGAACUCAGCUGCAAAGUACGUUCAAAAUGAUGGCCAUGUGCUCCUCAUGGAUUUUGGGAAACCCUCUUGGCCGAUAUUGGUAUCGCUCAUACGAUGGUUUAACUCUGUGACAGCAAGCUCUAUGGACCUCACCCACGACUACAACAAAUGGAUCAAAGAAGAUAAUUGCUACUCUGUUGUGGAGGAGCGUAGGUGUCUGAUGGGCCUUCAUUAUGCGUUGGCAUUGUGUCGAAAAAAAUGA